AUGUCCGUCAUCUUUGAGAGCCACGAGCGGGAGUUUUGUGCGUUUUCAUCGGCGAUUCGUCGAGGCGUGGACGGCGCGCGCGACGCGACGACGCCGAGCGAGCGCCGCGCGCGCGCGAGCGAGAUCGAGAGCGCCGUCGCGGAGUGCGAGGCGUUGAUUCGUCGCAUGGAUCUCGAGGCGCGAUCGGUCGGUGACGCGAGCGCGAAGACGACGAUGUUGAGCAAGCUGCGGGAUUAUAAGAGCGAGCUGGCGACGCGAAAGCGCGAGGCGCGAGAGGCGAGCGCGGGCGAGGGAGCGGAAGACGCCAGGGAUGCGCUGUUGGGGGCGGCCGAACGUGGGCUCGGAGGAGUGGGCUCGAUGGAGGACGGGACGGCGAACGGGGAACGGGAGAUGGAGACGACGGAGCGCCUGGCGCGGACGGGGGAGCGGAUUCGGGAGAGUCAGCGCUCGCUCGCGGAGACGGAGGAUUUGGGCGUGAGCAUCCUGCAAGAUUUACAGGGACAACGCGAAACAAUUCAACGAAGCCGUGAGGCGCUGCACGGCGCCGACGACACCAUCGCGCGGUCGAGGAAGAUUCUCAGUAGCAUGAGUCGACGCGCGACGGCGAACAAGGUGUACUUUUACGGCGUCGCCGGCGUCUUGACCGUGGCCAUUCUCAUCAUCAUCUUCCACAGACUCGCGUAG